GAAGAGGCGGAAGCCCCGUUUUGUGAGCUGUGCAGUGUGUUGUUGUGUGAGCUGUGGCAGUAACAAUGCCUUCAGUUCAGUAUCUGAGAGAGUUUAUCAACGAGCGACUAACUGCUGCUGCUGAACAAAUAUUCUUGGAGUUUGAAAAAACGAUCGUCCAGUACGAGGAAGAGAUCGACCGUCAGCGCAGACUGCUGGAUAUCACCUGGAAACCCCAAAUCAAGCUGCACACAGCAGACGUCCCACAGCAGCAUGUCUGUAAGGAGGAGGAGGAGGAGGAGGUUCUCCCUGAGCAGCAGCUCUGGAACCAGGAGAGGAGCUCCAGUGUGGACCAGGAGGAACCAGAACCUCCACAGAUUAAAGAGGAACAGGAGGAACUGUGCAGCAGUCAGGAGGGAGAGCAGCUGGGGCUGAAGGAGGAGACGGAUACCUUUAUGGUGACUGCUGCUGAGGAAGGAGAGCACAGUGAACCAGGGGGAGACGAGGAGCAGCUCCUCUGUCACAGCUUUGCUGGAGCUGAGAGCCAGGAUCAGGAAGGAGGCAGGAGUGCAGACUCAGGACCGACUAGAAUUAUAUAUCGAAUUCACUGUAACAAUCCUGCACACGCUCGCAUGUUAGCGCGUCAGAAGAACUCUGACGCAGGUAAAAAGACUUUAAAGUGUGAUGUUUGUGGAAGAGCCUUCAAGAAAAAAUGCCAAGUCAAAGAGCAUCGCAAAAUCCACACAGGAGAGAAACCGCAUUCCUGUAAAGUAUGUCAGAGAAGUUUUACUCAAAAGAGCACCAUGCUGCGCCACAUGAUAAUCCACACUAAGGAGAAGUCGUACUCCUGCCUGACGUGUGGAAAGACCUUCAGUCAGAGCGGGAAUCUGUACGUCCACAUGAGGAUCCACACAGGCGAGAAGCCAUAUUCCUGUAAAACAUGCGGGAAAACGUUCGCACGGAGCAAUCACAUGUUACGCCACAUGAAGACUCACACGGGGGAGAAGUCGUAGUCCAGAACUUUCCAAGCUGGAAAACCAUCAAGCAUGCAUUCAGGUUCAAACACAGUUUUUAGACUCCAGCAGCAGUUUGUUGGAGUCGCUCUGUGCGAGGUUGGUCACAUGAUCAGUUUGACUUGGGGGAGGGGUGCUCAUGUAUUAAUUUACUUUUCUUCUUCUAGGAAAUAUCACGUCGAGUCUUGGAACACUACGUUUGUUAGUAUGAAUGAGAGGCGGUGAGUUGUGAUAUGAAAUGAUGAAGAGAUGGAAGUGAAGCUAUUCUUCUGUAAGGCGACUGUUCCUGUGUGCAGCUGAGCUGUGCUGAAGUUUCACUGAUGUUCGACGUGCAGCUGUUUAAACGUUAAUCUAAGGAGCUUUGAAAGGAAAGCUUUUGGACGUCUUUAAGUUGUCUUGAAGACGUUUAAUCCGAGAAGCUUCUUCAGUUCUAAGAGCAACUGGUGGGGAGUCACGGGUUUAAGCCCUACAUCUGUACACCUGCAUCUAAAGGUCAAAGGUCACUCUUUGAGGAUGCCAAUGUUCACAUUUUGGACAGAGAGGACAGAUGGUUUGAAAGAGGAGUGAAAGAAGCCAUUUAUGUCCACUGUGAGCGACC